AUGUCAACCAAGACACAUACACCUCAGGCAUCAAAUUUCAAGCGGGUGACGACUCGAAAUGAAGAAAGGGACAGACUAGCUCUCGUAGAAGACAAUAUCACCUUCAACGAAGCUGAUGCCAACGAUAUGCAAUUUCCACUUAAUGAUGGGUUAGUAGUUACUUUACGGAUUUUAGAUACUGACAUUAAACAUGUUUUCGUUGAUCAGGAAAAUGCAACCAACAUAAUUAACAUCAGGGUAAUAGAGGAAAUACAAAUGACGAGCAAGAUAAUCCAUAAAUCCAUCAUGCUCACUGGGUUCAACAACUCGACGGAGAGAACUCUGGGUGAGAUCACGUUGCCGGUGGUAGCAAGUGGAGUGGAACUAGAAACUGCCUUCUUGAUCAUGUCAUCAGAGAUGGCUUAUGACAUAAUAGUUGGACGCCCUUAG